CUUUAUCUGAUUUGUAUUUUUUUUAUUUAUUAUUAGCUCCUAUGUAUAUAUAUAACUUCAUAAAUUAUUACAAACAGGAAGCAACAUCGAAUACAUAAAAAUAAAUAAUUUAUAUAAAAAAAAAUAUCGUUCCCUCGUAAAACGGAACCUGUCAAAACGAAAGCCAAUCACAGCGGCGCAUUGUUCGCAGACGUGGGCACGCUGCGCAACCGCUGCGAGACGAUGCCGUCGCGCGCCUGCUCGUCUUUCGAGGCGGACAGGGCGCCGCCCAGACACGCCGACGUGGUAGACGGAUUUGCCUCUUCACGGGACGAUAUCGAUUCACUAUCAGAAUGGUACAGAACGCCGCGGAUACCCGAAGAACCAGACUGCUGUGACAUUUUGCCCUUUAUGAGAAAUGUCGCCAGCUUGCGCACGGGCGGCUCAGUGGCGCACUCGCGCACGUCGUCGCUGGGCGUGGAGGAGGCCUCGGGCGGCGGUGCGGAGGGCGCGGAGGGCGCGGGGGGCGCGGACGGGUACCUACCCAUGGCGCCCGCGCACCCCUCCUCCUCCGGCUCCGUCUGCAGCGGCACACCCUCCACCGACCCGCGCUUCAGCGAGUACCAGCUGGAGCCGGCGACGUCCCACAUCGCGGAGGAGCGGUCGACGCGCGCGUACAGCGUCGGCUCGCGGCCGGCGCGCGAGCGCUGCGAGCCGGCGCGCCUGCGGGCCUACAGCGCGGGCGCGCGCCGCCGCCCCGCGCCGCACGCGCCGCACGUGCCGCACGUGCCGCACCCGCCGCGCGUCUCCACCGACGACCUCAUGGAGAUCGACUUCUCGGCCAAUUCGCCACAGCCCAAGGUGAUUGUCGCGCGCACGCCGCCCACCGCGGGCUUCUCAGAAACGCCCAAAAGCAAACCGAACAUGGACGAGUACGUGGACAUGUCGCCGCGCAACGCCGGUUACGUUGAGAUGCGGCCGGGCGAGCCGCCCUCCCCCGCGCCCGCCCCCGCCGCCGCGCCCGCCGGCCCCGCGGCCCCCGCCACCCCCGCCGCCCCCGCGCCCGACGGCUACGUGGAGAUGAGCUACGGCCGCAACAACCGGGUGCCGACUCGGCCCAUAGCCAUCGCAAACCCGCGCCCACCGCCCGCCGUGUCGUCGUCGCCUGAAAUUCGACGAAUACGCGAGCCCCGCACCCCCCACGGCUCCCAAACGAUCUUCCCCUUCUCCCCCGACUCCCCCGCCUCUCCUCCCGAGCUGGACGACAGCCAUGCGCUUAGCACCGUGCGCGAGAUAUCGGAGGAAGGGAGGAAGAGUCCGGAGAGAGAAAGGGAGGCGGGAGGGAGGUUGGAGGUGUCCUCGUCGCCGCAGUACGUAACGCUGGCCAGGCCCGACAACUUGAAUAAUAAUAAGACUGCCAGACUUGAUGAGCACAGGGGUGAGGACUUUUUUAUAAUAUUUGUAUUUUAUAUAAUUACUCGAAUUAAUAAUAGAUAAUUUAUUUUGCUAUGUUUCAGUAUUCGUUCUAUAUCUCGUUU